GCUGUCCGGCGCGAUCCAGACCGACCCAGGCGCCGAAGUCCGCCCUGGGGGGCCCAUCCCGGGCCGGGCCCUGCAGUGCCGGGGUCGCCCUCCUGCGGGAGAGUGCUGGCAGGGAGCCGCGGCCACCGGGGCAGCGGCCCGAGUUAAUGAUCAGCGGCCGCGGCCCCGCCCCGGGGCGGCCCGCGCGCUGCCCCGCCCGAGCGCUGCGCGGGGCCCUUGGGAGCGCGCUCGGCCCCGCCGCCACCUGCGCCCGCCCGACAUGGCUGGCAAAGCGCACAGGUUAAGCGCUGAGGAGAGGGACCAGCUGCUGCCCAACCUGAGGGCCGUGGGGUGGAAUGAGCUGGAAGGCCGAGAUGCCAUCUUCAAGCAGUUCCAUUUCAAAGACUUCAACAGGGCUUUCGGCUUCAUGACUCGAGUGGCGCUGCAGGCCGAGAAGCUGGACCACCAUCCCGAAUGGUUCAACGUGUACAACAAGGUCCACAUCACGCUGAGCACCCACGAGUGUGCGGGCCUUUCAGAGCGAGACAUCAACCUGGCCAGCUUCAUCGAGCAGGUGGCAGUGUCCAUGGCAUAGCCGCCCGCCCCUGCGUCUCGUCCUUGGCAGGAGAGAAGCGGAGAAGCAUGGCCAGCCCUGCAGCCGGCGUAGGGGGAGUCCGUGCUGCCCAAAGGCACCGCACCAGGCUCAGGAGCCAGACCUCUGCCCUGCCCCGCGCCCCUCAUCCACGCGGGCUCCGAUUCGCGUGAAGCCGGGCCUUCCCCUUCCAGGCUGCCGUGCCCCCUUGGUCUCUCACCCCAGAGAACAGGCCCCUAGGGCCCAGGUGACACACACGUGUGCGGGCUGCCAAUAAAACUGCUCCCCCGGGC